ACCGCAUCGUCGUCGCGCGCCAGGCUUCGAGAGACCGUCCGUCAUUCCCGCCUACGACCAUUCGCCAUUCCGUUCAUGGAUGCUUCUUCUCCAGCAAUAGCCGGCGCUGUGCUGAACGAUUGGGAUCUCGCCCGCGAAGCGCCCCCGCUCUUUGCCUCCUGCACUGACACCCCACGGCCAUCGAGUCCCGCCGCUGGUCCAUCCCUUCUUUCGUCCGCCACCGGUACAGGUCUACCUUCAAUCGCCAACAGCACGCGUCUACCCUCGCAUGUCGUCGGCUCAUUCCCCUCGCACGUCGCCUACUCGCUCCCCUCGCAUGUCGCCUAUUCGCUCCCCUCACCGCCCAGUACCACUUUCGCCGCCAUCGACGUGCUCCACGACGCGUUUACCGGCGGAGUCGAGCGCAUGCAUCGCCACGAAGUCGAGCGUCUACAUCGCCACGAAGUCGAGUGUCUGCAUCGCCACGAAGUCGAGCGUCUGCAUCGCCACGGAGUCGAGCGUCUGUAUCGCCACGACCUCGAAGCCUUUAUUUGGAUCUUGAUCUGGGUCGCAUGCUGCGUCGAGGGCGGAAAACCCCUCGAACCCUUGCCCGAAUCGCUCGAAGGCUUGGUAUUGGGAGACGCGAGCUUGGUAUCGGGAGGCGCGAGCUGGGUAUCGGGAGACGCGAGCUGGGUAUCGGGAGGCGCGAGCUUGGGAUCGGGAGACGCGAAACAAUACCAAUUCGCCAAGUUGUAUUCUCUCCGCUUCGGUCACAACGCUGUAAAGCCGACCCGACGUGGGCAGCAGAAGGCAGGCUCACGGAUGCCCUGCGGAUUUUUGUGUGGAAGGUACAGGCCAGAGGGGCAGAAGUAGAGAACAUGCCAGAAAGGCAGAAGUCGAGUAUGACGUGACGGGGCAGGCCAUUCCUCCGAAGGAAGAGGAUGACCCGGAGAUGGGAUGGAAAGAGUUUUUGCAGGUUCUGCGGAAGGAGUUUCUGCAGGUUCUCCGAAAGGCGG